CAUAUGCCAUGGGUGCGGCCAUGAAACAAAAUGCCAAACAACUCCUUUGGGCAAGGUGUUAACAAAAAGAACUUCUCCUCCCAGAAGGACUAGCUACCAUGAGGGACCUUGCUGGCUGUAUCGCAUGCUUCGUUCAUACACAGAGUGGUGUGGGGUUUGUUGACUCUGCAGGGGGUGGUUUCAAGUGCUGGAGGACUGCUGGCAUCUGGAAAUGGAUGAGAAAUCUACUUGUGACUGUUGAUGUAGUGAAUGCCUAGAGACUGUUUUAGCCUUUUAUCUUGGUUGGCUCAGGAGAAGGAGGCCCUUAGGGAUUGUCUCCCUGGGGCUGUAGGCAGCAUAUCUUUAAGCCUUUUCCAGAGCUCCCUAGGAAGGGUGAUCAUGCCACUUGGCUGGAUGUUGGUAGGGUAGCUCCUGAGAGCCCUGAGUUGAUACUGAACCUCCAGCUCUGGAACUGCAGCAAUGCUGGGAUCUCCACUGGUUUCUUUCUAAUUCCCUGGGCAUCUUGGCACAGUGCUGCUGAGAACCAGCCCUCGACCUCUGCUUGAGGGUCCUUCCUCUGAAGACAUCACCAGCGUGUGGAGCCUGCCCCACACCCACCCCCUGCCAAACCACGGCCUUUACCUGUGUCUUCCGGUGUUUCCCGUGCGACCCAUCCUGUGGGAGUGCCUCGUGGGCUGCCCCGGAGUUCACCCCACGCUCAGCAGCACCAAUGGUGAAGAUGACAAGAUCCAAGACUUUCCAGGCAUAUCUGCCCUCAUGCCACCGGACCUACAGCUGCAUUCACUGCAGAGCCCACUUGGCCAAUCAUGAUGAACUUAUUUCCAAGUCGUUCCAAGGAAGUCAAGGACGAGCAUACCUCUUUAACUCAGUAGUGAACGUGGGCUGCGGGCCUGCGGAGGAGCGCGUGUUGCUAACAGGACUGCACGCCGUCGCCGACAUUUACUGUGAAAACUGCAAAACCACUCUGGGCUGGAAAUAUGAACAUGCCUUUGAAAGCAGCCAGAAAUAUAAAGAAGGCAAAUACAUCAUUGAGCUAGCACACAUGAUCAAGGACAAUGGCUGGGACUGACCGGAGAGCAUCUGCCCAACCCCGUGUCCACGUGAACGCCAUCCAACUGAACAUUCUACCCAAGCGUGAGAGAGUGACUGAACACUUGGUUCCAUCCAUUUAGGGGCCUUGCCAUCGGGGGCAUUCUCCCACCCUGACGCCAUCUUGCUGGUGACCGGCCUCUAAAUCGCUGUCUCUCUGUCUCUUUGCUUUGUCUCUGUUUGUGAGUUGAUCCUGGCUUCUCUCUCUGUUCUAGUGUUAGCGGAAAACAAAACAACGAAAGGAACAGAUGCCUGCCCGCACGGUGGCAGCCCCCUUGGAUGAGGGCCCCAGGGCCUGGGAAGAGCCGCCUGGUGGCCUCUUGUCAGGAGAGCAGUGGCACAGCACGGGGGUGUGAGGAAGAGGGGGACCGCAAGGGGCCCAGGUGGGUAGGGGAUGGGAGAGGGUCGCGCGAGGGACAAACGUGUGCUGCUCCUGGACACCUGGUAACUUAGGCUUGAAAUGGUCGACUUGUCUAAAAGGACAACGAGAAAAAGCAAACGAAAAAAAAUACCUCAUGACUGCAUUCUCUCUGAUCAGAAGCUUCCGUUCCUGACACCCAGUGUGCCAGGUUCGCACGUGAGCACAAGGAGGGGCCCUAAUUCUGGAUGGCGGGGCAGGGUUCUGCCUCUACCGGUCCAAGCUGGGGCGCGUCCUGGGAGGGGCCCAGAUGGUGUCGAUGACCCUGACGCUUCCCUGCUCCUCCGGGUCAUCUUCUUUGCCUCUCCAGCCGCUGUAGGUGACAGGAGAGGGGACUGCCACGUGCAGUGGGUGCAAGAUCCCGAUCUCCCAAAGGCUUUGACCCGCCCCCAAGGGAAAUCAAUAAUCAAGGAGACCAGGGAACAAAGCAGGAGGGGGGUGGGGGGGGCCAUUUGGGAGCUCCCUCGGAAGUGGCUCGGAAAAUGGGCCAGAGGAAAGAAAAGGUAGAGCCCAUCAGGAAUUCGGACUUCUCCUCCCUGAACCUUAAGAGAAGAGCACUGUGGCAAGAAAGGGGGGCGGGCCAGGGGCAGUGCCAGGAACCGUCUAGGUUGGAACCAUUACAGGUUAGGCGCGUCUCUCUUCUUUGGCAUGCGGUGGUUUCACGGAGAUCCGCAGUUCCUUGUACAUAGAGCUUGGGGUGCUUUUCUCCAUCCGUGCAGAUUGUGGAAAACCAGGUCCCAAAGCUUCCAGCUGAGUGCGCCCCCUGGCCGGUCAAUUUCUCGUGCCCUGAGCGGUUCUCCUUGUACUUGGAUGUUGUGUGUGGAGGGACGUCUGUCCGUGUGGUUCAGCGAUAGGGAGGCUUAGCUUUGAUGUCCUUUGGCAAGUUAUGAAUUCCAGUGUUACACCCCCUCAUCCAAAGUUCAUGCUAUUAGGGAAGGGGACAGCAGGUCCCCGAAAGGCUCAGGAGCGAGAGAGGAGUUUGUUACGUUUAAUCAACACUGUGAAGUCUGUUCUACAGCAAUUUAGCCAGUACGCAGGGCAUGACCGAAGCUCAUUUAACGGAGUUCAUUUCACUGCGCAGACCGAAAAUAUUAUUAUGACUAAGAUAGGUGUAGGUUAUGUUAGGUAAUUCUCAGCUUCUCUUUCUCCAGAUAGGCUGAUUCCCCUAGGAAAACUCUCCUGAAAAAGUCACAAAAGAGUGAGUUCACAGAUGAGAAUCGGUGAAAAUUCUCAACCGAGAUGAAAGCAGCCAAUCCAGGACAUUUUCAGAAUUGAACCAAAGUCCCAGAGGGAGCGAGACUGUUGUGGCAGGGCGUUUUUGUGUCUCUGUGUGCUGCCGGGUGUUGGGCAGAGGGGCCUGGCACAGUAUGGUCCUGCCCUGGCAGAGCCGGGCCGCAGGACUGUUGGGAAGCUGGGGAGCCCCAGGUUCAGCCGUGGACAGCCUCUGUAAGACAAAGCGUUCUUAAAAGAACCGAAGUUUGUUCCCAAAGGCUUCUUACCCACAUCUUCCAGUGCUUUCCUAGCCCUGGGGGAUUAAAUGUUCUCCCCACAUUACAAAAAAGCAGACUGAGGUUCCCAGGAUCCCAGAGAUAUGGUUGCCAGGCCCAAGAUCUCGAUAAGAAACAUUUUCAACUUUCACAUUCCUAAGCUGGCUUGCCAGCACAGAAAUCACAGGCUCCCUUCUCCAUCCCAGCCCUGAAGGUAGUGGCCCUCAUUUCUGAUUAGCCCCUUGACUCAGGGAAUGUCCUGGCUAUUGGUAAUCCUUUCCCUACAAAGAAAACAUGGAUAGGCAUGGAAAAAGGGAGUGUGGUGACCUAGAAAUCUGGACCUGAAGUGCCCUGAAUUUUCAAGGGGCAGAGGAGACCGAAGCGCCACUGUUCUUCCAUGGGGAUGGGGCCUCUGACUGUCGGCAUGGAUCAGAGCAGGCUCCAAUUAGACCCUGGUUCUGGUGGGUUUUUUCCAACGUCUAUCCAUUGAGCAUCCAUUGGGUACAUGGCGCCAUACUUGGUGCAGGAGAUCUGAGCAGGAUGUUGGUACUCCCGUAACUACAGGGGAAAAAAAAGAUUAGGCUUUUUCCCUUUGUGUCAAUGAAACCAAAAGUGCUUCUUAAAACUUUAGCUCCAUUCAUGGCUUGUCUCACCUCAGUCUAGUAUGGGAGAGACCACAGCUGAGCGAUGGCGAAACAGCCACUCAAGGCCUCAGUCAGUUCUUGUUUUAAUUUCCUCACCAAAUUACUGACUCAGAGCAUAACCAAAGACCUCAUCCAUUCACCCCUGGUGGGUUCUUCGGGGAAUUGAAGGUCGGUGGUAUCAAUUAGGCGGGGCACCGGGAGCAGAGAAGCGAGGAAGGGAGAGACGUGCAUGAAGUUCUAUACCUCAGCCAGCAACUGCCUUCACUUUCAACUCAAGUCCAGCCGGCAGACUCUAGUUCUAUGUCCCCCGUGCCACCCUAGGGCCUUGGCGGCUCUGGAUUACACCCAACCCCGCAGGAUGCUAGUCUCAGGCUACUGAUGGGUUUGAUUUGACAAUACAUCAAACACAGCCAGGCUUGACUGCCAGAUUGUCAGCUGGGCCUGACCGAGGGCUUCUCCAGCUCCUCCAGUAAGAUCCCUAAGAUAGGAUAGAGGAAAUCUGGACUGGUGGGUCCGUGUAUGAAAGAGACGUGUCCCCUUUAGAAAAAGAUUUUCAAGCGGAUAUAGAAGAAACAGUUGCUUGUGAAAUAUACUUUUGUAAAUAAUAUUUAAUUUUUUAAAAUAAUAUAUUUGGUGCUGUUUUCUCAGAUCCCCUGAGAGCACUUUUUAUUUUCAUUUUUAAAAUUCUAUGGUUUCCUCUGCAUUUCUUGAAGUAUAUUUUAAGGGAAUCAGUGAUCACCAAUAUACUCUUUAAAAGAAAAAAAAAAAAUCUCCAUCACUUUAGUCCAGACGGAGGCAGUUAAGCCGCGCCUCUCUGCAUUUCUUUCCAAAUGGAACAGACUCUGCAGUACGUUACCAGGUUGAGAACUGAAAUAUGUUCUUGCACCACUAUUGGCUAGAAAAGAAAAUAAAUAAAAUCAAAUUUAGUAACAAUUUAGAGUGAUUCCUCUUGGAAGAAUUUCCAACAGAUUUGGAGUCUUGUUUUUAAGUGUGUGUGUGUAUGUGUGUGUAAAGCAUUUUGGAUUGUGCCUCCUGUUUUCAUUUGGGGGGGGGGGACACUAUACCUGCAGUUUACACCCUGGGCACAUAAGACUUCUUCCCUUUCUCUCCGGUGGUUUUGUUUCCGAGUGGACCAACAGCAUAACCCUCAAGGAUCUUGUUUUCCCGAGCAUGGAGCUGUUGCCUGUUUGCUUCUUUGUCUUGUCUUUGCGUGCUCAGCUUUUACAGAAGGAAAAUCUGUUGUCUGUGAAGAUCAAGCAGAGUCAAAGCUGUGUUUCUCACUGAGAUGUGAGUGUGUUCAUCACGGAUCCAGGGCUCCAGUUGUUGUGGAAGCCGUAUCAUGUUAAACAUUAACUGGUUGGGUUGAAGGAACAUCAAUGAAAUAAUACACAUGCCUUGUAGGUAAACAGCUUUUUUUUUAAGGUCAGAUUGCCUCAGGUUCAGGAAGAGGCCGGGAAAUCAAAUCUUAAACACAAUCAACUUAACGUAUUUUUUUUAAAAAGAGUCUGCCUCAAAUGAGGAAACAUGUUAGUGGGCUAGGUGGAGGAAGGAGAUAUUCUUCAAAAUUAAAAUACAGUCAUGAAAUCUGCCAGCAGUGAAUGGUAAAGCCAAGAAGAAACAAGCUGUUCUCAUAUUACCAAAUUCCGUCUGCCUGUCUGUUUUUGUAUAACAUUUUGGUUAAAGCGAGCGUCACUUCCCUUUGCCAACCUGCAGAGACUAUCUUUCAAUACAGAAUCUGUCUAUUUAUGCUUGUGUUUACAAACUGUAUUUGUUGGGUUUGGGUUUUGUUUUUCCUCUAUCUUUUAAGUGGCAUUUUCAGGUCACUUUGCUUCAAUAACAAAGAUAAUUUUCAAGUAAUUUGUCUUCACCUUUUCCUGUAUUUGUACAUAGUAAUUCAGUAUUAGAGAAAAGUGCAUUGUUUCUGUCAUAUUUCCAAUCUGUGUUGGUGCUCAUUUGAGAAAAUAAAGUUUUCCAAUAUUAA